GAUACAGUGUUUCCCUGUUCUAUAGAUGCCAAAUGUUUUACACAGAAUACAAAGCUUAUUACCCAUCAGCCAGCUAAGGCAAGUGAGAGGCCAUUUCCAUGUUCUGAGUGUGGGAAAUUUUUUACACACAAAUCAGCUCUUGUUACACAUCAGAGAAGUCACACAGGUGAAAAGCCAUAUUCCUGUUCUGAGUGUAGGAAAUGUUUUCCACGGAAAUCAGAACUUGUUACUCAUCAGAGAAGUCACACAGGUGAGAAGCCAUAUUCCUGUUCUGAGUGUGGGAAAUGUUUUGCACAGACAUCAGCUUUUGUUACACAUCAGAGAAGUCACACAGGUGAGAAGCCAUAUACCUGUGCUGAGUGUAGGAAAUGUUUUCCACGGAAAUCAGAUCUUGUUACACAUCAGAGAAGUCACACAGGUGAGAAGCCGUACUUCUGUUCUGAGUGUGGGAAAUGUUUUGCAUGGAAAUCAAAUCUUGUUACACAUCAGAGGAGUCACACAGGUGAGAAGCCAUAUUCCUGUUCUCAGUGUGGGAAAUGUUUUGCAUCGAAAUCAUAUCUUGUUACACAUCAGAAAAGUCACACAGGUGAGAAGCCAUAUUCCUGUUUUGAGUGUGGGAAAUGUUUUGCAUAUAAAUCAAAUCUUGUUACACAUCAGAGGAGUCACACAGGUGAGAAGCUAUUUUCCUGUUCUGAGUGUGGGAAAUGCUUUACAUAUAAAUCAUAUCUUGUUACACAUCAGAGAAGUCACACAGGUGAGAAGCCAUAUUCCUGUACUGAGUGUGGGAAAUGUUUUGCAUUGAAAUCAAUUCUUGUUACACAUCAGAGAAGUCACACAGGUGAGAAGCCAUAUUCCUGUACUGAGUGUGGAAAAUGUUUUGCAUUGAAAUCAAUUCUUGUUACACAUCAGAAAAGUCACACAGGUGAGAAGCCAUAUUCCUGUUCUCAGUGUGGGAAUUAUUUUGCACAUAAAUCAAAUCUUGUUACACAUCUGAGAAGUCACACAGGUGAAAAGCCAUAUUCCUGUUCUGAGUGUCGGAAAUGUUUUGCACGGAAAUCAGAUCUUGUUACACAUCAGCGAUUUCACAGGUGAGAAGCCAUUUUCAUGCUGAGAGAUAAAUAAAUCCGCUCUUGUUGAACAUAUUAGACAUUACCCAACUACGGAACCAUUUAAAAUAAGAUUUUACUCACCGGUAAAUCUAUUUCUCGUAGUCCGUAGUGGAUGCUGGGACUCUGUAAGGACCAUGGGGAAUAGCGGCUCCGC